AAAAAAGACAGCUGCAGCUCCCUUGUGUGCGGCUCCCCUGGCUCUUCUGGCCUAAGACCCUGCCACUCCCUCUACCUGGCAGCCUGUGUUCUGGGCCUCACCUAGACAGUCUGAGUAGGAACAAGCCAUCUCAUCCAUCACAGCCAUGAAUUUCCUCCGGCGGCGCCUCUCCGACAGCAGCUUUGUGGCCAACCUACCUAACGGCUACAUGACAGACCUGCAGCGCCCAGACAGCUCCACCAGCUCCCCUGCUUCCCCGGCCAUGGAGAGGAGGCACCCCCAGCCCCUGGCAGCCUCCUUCUCCUCUCCAGGAUCCAGCCUUUUUAGCUCCUUUUCCAGUGCCAUGAAGCAGACCCCACAGGCCCCUUCUGGGCUCAUGGAACCUCCGGGUCCCUCCACGCCUGUUGUUCAAAGGCCCAGGAUCCUGUUGGUGAUCGAUGAUGCCCACACAGACUGGGCCAAGUAUUUCCAUGGAAAGAAGGUGAAUGGAGAGAUUGAGAUCCGAGUGGAACAGGCUGAAUUCUCAGAAUUGAACCUAGCCGCCUAUGUUACCGGGGGCUGUAUGGUGGACAUGCAGGUCGUGAGAAAUGGGACCAAGGUUGUGAGAUCCUUCAAGCCAGACUUCAUCCUUGUCCGCCAGCAUGCCUACAGCAUGGCCCUGGGCGAAGACUACCGCAGCCUGAUCAUCGGCCUCCAGUACGGAGGGCUGCCUGCCGUCAACUCCCUCUACUCUGUCUACAACUUCUGCAGCAAGCCGUGGGUGUUCUCUCAACUUAUUAAGAUCUUCCAUUCCCUGGGUCCUGAGAAGUUCCCGCUUGUGGAGCAAACAUUUUUUCCCAACCAUAAGCCAAUGGUGAGUGCCUUUUUUAACUUUGCUUAUUUUUGUGAUACAGAAUAAACACAGAUAUCCAUGUUUUCAAACCAUUUGAAUGGAGGAAGUGGGCUUAGGGGCUGCUCCAUGACCACAUAGACUCUAAAGAAUAGCUGUGACAUCCUAUAGGAAUACUGGACUUUCCUAGAGAAAGAGUCAGGUCUCCAGGUGAAAAUUCAGGCACUAUAGCAGAUAUCAAAGAUGGACAGUAUUCUUUGGGACAUCCAGAAUUUUCAGCAAAUCAGGGGGAACUUGAGCUGGCACGUUGGAACCAAGGGUUGAUAAUAAAGUGAAAGUUGUUCACUUGAGCCCUGUGGAGAACCUGGUUUCAACUCUUAUUUCAAUAAAAGCAGUAAUAUUUUA